AUGAGCGACGCCAAAUACUACGCCAAAGCGAAGCUGGCCGAGCUCCAGGCCGAGCUCGAACAGGCGUGGAAAAAACCGGGGAAGAAACCCGCGGCCAAGGUCGACGUCGUCCUCAAGAAAAUCCUCGCCAACACCGCCAUGAACAACUCGGACAUGAUCCUCAUGAUGCCCGCGGUGAUCCGGAUCAUGUCGCUGACCGGUAACGACCACGUCGAUAUCUUAAAGCUCUGCUGUAACUAUUUGACCAGUUAUAGCGAUCUUGACUCGCGUAACGUGAUUAACGACGCUUUACCCAUACUAACGAAAUGGCUCAGUUCAUCGCUGCCGCAAUUGAGAAUUCUCGCCAUCCGGACUUUACUGCAAGUGAACCGACGUCCGUUUAUCGAUGCUGCCCUCCACGCCACCAUUGCCAAGCUAAACGACUCCGACCCGCAAGUACGGAAAGUGCUGUGCUACGCCGUCGCCCGCCUCUACCAGCACGCCGCCGACCAAACAGACGUCCUCAUCCACAAACUCAACGAUAUGCUUCUCGAGGAAAGCGAUACGGUGGUGCUUGCGCUGUGUCUUGCCGCUCUUUCGUCAAUCACCGACGUGCUGCCGAAAUUCGCCUUCGCCUUAACCAAACAGCACUGCCAGGUACUCAUAUCUCGCCUAGAACAGGCCAAUGAAUGGGGGAAACUGUACAUAAUCAACGCCCUCAUGGGGUACGUCCCCCAACUGGGCGACGAGGCCAUCGACUUGAUUGAGGCGGUGAUGCCGUGGCUCUCUCACGAGAAUACCGCCGUGGUGCUUAACGCGAUCAAAAUCAUCGUUUACUUGAAUAACUACGCCAGCGAACAGCUGGUGCUUUUGGCACUCCCGACGUUACCUAAACGUAUCGGUCUGCUGUUGGUGGCGCUUUUAACUAAACCACUGGAACUUGAGUUCUUGGUCCUACGCAACGCCAUCCUUUUACUUUUAGGGCGUCGCUACCUUAUAAACGUCGACGUGCUGAUGUUCUUUUGCAACUACGAUGACCCCAUCUACGUUAAAGACACUAAGCUUGAGAUCAUCUAUUUAUUGGCUGACUCCACUAACGUGGCUCGCGUGCUUCGAGAACUUGAAGAGUACGCUACCGAAGUCGACGUGCAAAUGGCGCGUAAGGCGAUCAGAGCGUUUGGUAAUUUAGCCGUCAAAGUACCGGAAGCCGCUACCGAUUGUGUCAAUGUGGUGGUGGAAUUACUUAGCCAUGGUGUCCCCUAUAUCGUUCAAGAGGCAGCGGUGGUGAUCAAAAACAUUGUCCGCAAGUACCCUCACCAAUUCAACUCGGCGUUAGUGGAGUUAAUUAAGCACUACGAUGUCAUCGACGAACCCGAUGCCAAGGCGUCCCUCCUCUGGAUGUUGGGUCAGUUUGGUGAAUCUAUCAACGGGUCGAACCGGAUAUUGGCGCUGAUGGUCACAGAUUUCGAUAACGACGCCUUUGAAGUGCAAAACGCCACUAUCACCGCUGCCGUCAAAUUAUACUUGAAACAGCCCGAAUCAGGCGAAGCCACCAUGCUUCAAGUGCUUAAAGCCGCUACCGAACAAGUGAACAACCCCGAUAUCCGUGAUCGCGGAUUUAUGUACUGGAACUUGAUCACGGCACCGCAACCGCCGGGAGCGGAAUGGCAAGCCAUAACCAAGAAAGUGGUCCUUAACCCUCAACCAGGCAUUCUGGGAGAAAAUGAUACUAUCGACCCCGCUAUAUUGGAGGAACUCGAACUCAAUAUCGGCACGUUGCUUCUGAUUUACCUCAAACCAGUAAGGGCGGUGUUCCGCUUAUCCAAGCAAAAACGGUUGAUGCCCAGUCCCGCGUUACAGCCGCGGCCGAUAAACAAACGACUGAGUCUGAACCGCAACAGCCAGCAGCUGGCGCCGGAGAUCCCGCAACCGCGGCCGAGUAAGUUUGGCGUCCACCUGAACCUGGGGCUGGCGCUGGCGGCGUCGCUGCCAAUCCGGUCGUCGUACGCCGACCUGAUUGGCUCCAGUUUCGACGGCGGCGACUCCAGCCCCACCAAACGACCAGGGAUGAUGAAGCGUAUAUCUCGCCGCAUCCCCUCGGUGGUGGGCGGCUCCAAAAACGACGCCCGCAAAUUGUGA